ACACGUUCCCAAGUUUAAGGGACAAAACAGAGCAAUUUUAGGACUAGCGGUGUUUGUAAUAACAAAACAAAACAAAACAAAACAAACAAAAGUCUUUACUAAACAGAUAAGAACAAUACUGUUUCAUCGGUUCUGUUUCUUCUUCUUCGUUCCUCGUGUCUCCACCACUUCUUGUUGUUCUGUUUCUUUAACAAACCAAAAAAAACAGAGAAAAAUCUGUGUUUUCACUAAUACAAAACCAAUUUCUCUUUCUUUAUUCUUCUUCUUGUAGUAUCUCCAUCGAUCGAAUGGUAUUUUGAUAUUGAUACGAGUCUUAUAGUAACAAAACAAUGGCGUCUUCUCAGGUGGAGAUCAUACAGCCUUCACCGUCUCAGAGAUUCGGGUUUAUUCUCAGAGACCGUAAUCAAAACGCUGGCGUUUUCAACAAGAAUCUCAAACCUCCUCCUCCGGUGAAAAACCAUCACGAGGUCUACAAAACUCAUGCCGGAGACGAGAACUCUGAGAACUUGGUCGAUUCUUGGAUCGAGACUCAUAACAUCAAGAACAGUCGUAUUCGAUUGACGGAGAAACCAAUUGUUAGAACAGAGCGUGUUCUUGAAUCGACAAGAAACGACAAUCGCGGUGCUUCUUCUCUUGUACAGAUAUGGGAGGCGAGGCUACACCGAUCCAACGGCGGAAACUCGCCGAGCAGCGGCCAAUCAACGGCGAGUAGUACUCGGAGCGAUUCAGGACUUAGUAGUGUUCAAGAUUCGAUCGACGGUGAUUCCAAAAUGGUCGAAGAACAAGACAUAGCAGAAGCUAAGAAUACUAAACCAACGGUGGAGGUUGAAUCUGAGAGCAAAUGGGGACGAGUGGCUGAUCUAGUUAGGAGGCUCAGCAACGAAGACAAGAAACUAACGGCCGGAGCUAAAAGCGGCGGCGAUGGCGAUGGAAUCUCGAUUAUAAGAACGCCGAGGCCUUGCACUUCGUCGUCGUCGGAGAGAAGUAAUUUUCCGGUGGUUGGUUUCUCACCGAGGAUCCGAGGACGGCAAGCUUUUGCCGAUUUGCUUAUGCAAAUGGAACGUGAUCGCCACCGUGAGUUGGAUUUGCUUCUUGAACGCAACGCAGUUUCUAGGUUUACUCAACGUGGUCGUCUCCAGUCAAUGUUAAGGCUAAGGAGUCUCAAACGCUGUCUCUCGAUUCAAGAUCAAAGCCGGUCUAACGCAAAACCAACAGGAUUAAACCGUAUCGAAUCAGGCUCUACAGUUCUGCAUUUAAGAGAGAGAUUUCGUGCAAAUGCAUUGAGCACUCCGGAUGCAACAGAUCAGAGGAAGGAUCAUCAUAGAUCCGAUGAGAUGAAUAACAAAGCCGUUGAAGGAACUACCAAGAACAAGAUGCUGAAACAAGGUACUCUAGAAGCUUUCUUCAAGGAGAGGUUGAACAUCCGUGACCGCAAGAUAGAGGAAGCAACGUUAUGUAUGGAAGAAGAAGCUGUAAAUGCACCAGUUGCGAAUUGCCGUCAACUGCAAGAAAGAAGAGAUGUAGAAGAUACUUGCAAUUACAGCGAGUAUGUGAAGAAAGAGGAAGAGAAAACAAGUCUGAGCGCAUGUGUAACUCAAGAAUCAUGGUUAAGGCAGAAUCAGAGUGAGAAGGAAACGGAAAACUGUAUGCAAGAAACUCAAACACAAGGUAUGUUACAUGAGAGUAAUGGGAUGGAUCAGUGUCUUGAGCAACAAGAAACAUCAUAUCUGAAUGGAUGGGAAGAAUAUGAAGAUGAGCAGUCUUAUUAUGGAGAAACGAACAAUGACUGGCUUAGCGAAAUAUCUCGGCCGCGAAGUUACUGGGAGGAACUGAGGAAGUCUAGGUACCUAGAAGUAAUGAACACUCGGUCUGAGAAAGAGGACAUAUGCAGACUCCUUGAGCGGAGAACGGUGACAGAUUUUUUGGAGAGCGGGUUGCGAGAGAAGAUUGAUAAUCUCAUGAUGUCCCGUGUGCAGACACACUCAAAUAAGCACUCUGAGUCUGAGCAAUGGGAAUUCGAACAAGUAGAAGAAGAGGCAGAAGAGAAAUAUGAAGUCGAAGAAGAAAUCAAAGAAGAAGAGCCAUUAACGGAAGGUGAAGAGGAAGAUGAUAGAGAUGACUCGAGCCAAUCAUCUUCAUCACAAAUCUUUGUAUCGUCUCCUGCAGGAUCUUGGAGUUCUCAAGACACUGGAGUUACUUCAACUCCAGUCUUAUCUGUUCAUAAUCUUCAGUCACCUGGAAUGGAGCUGAUAAGCGAUAUGAGAUCACAGAUCCAACAGCUUCAGCAAGAAAUGUCGGUUUUACGAGAUUCUGUCAAAACGUGUUUGGAUGCAAACGCGAGCCUGCAGCAGAAGGUUGAAAGAGAAAACCCGAUGAAAUGGAAAUGCUGCGUCUGCGACGAAACGCAGGUCGAGGCGGUUUUGUACAAAUGCGGACAUAUGUGCAUGUGCCUGAAAUGUGCCAAUGAACUGCAUUGUAGUGGAGGGAAAUGUCCGAUUUGCCGAGCGCAGAUUGUGGAUGUUGUUCGUGUCUUCUUCGAUACAAGAAACUGAAAUAAUAAAUCAGUUUUAAAACGCUGACUAAUUCACUAAUCGGUGUUGUACUCUCUUUAUAUUAGGUUAUGUUACCUGACAUUGUAACGAAAGACUUUGUCCAGUUAUAUGAAAACUUUUGAUCACC